AUGACUAAGAGAGAGGCAGAGGAGCUGAUAGAGAUAGAAAUCGAUGGAACUGAGAAUCAGGAAUGCACUGAGGAAAGCAUUGUUGAGCAAACCUACACCACAGCAGAAUUUGUGAGUCAAGCUAUUGACAUCAAUGAACCAAUUGGAAAUCUUAAGAAGUUGCUGGAACCCAGGCUGCAGUGUUCCCUGGAUGCACAUGAAAUCUGUCUGCAAGAUAUCCAGCUGGACCCAGAUCGAAGUCUUUUUGAUCAAGGAGUAAAAACCGACGGAACAGUGCAACUCAGUGUGCAAGUAAUAUCUAGGCAAGGGAUAGAGCCCAAGUUAAACAUCCUUGAAAUUGUGAAACCUGUGGAGACUGUAGAAGUGGUGAUAGAUCCAGAUGCUCAUCAUGCAGAGGCUGAAGCUCACCUUGUUGAGGAAGCUCAAGUGAUAACCUUGGAUGGAACAAAACAUAUUACAACAAUUUCAGAUGAAACCUCUGAACAGGUGACACGAUGGGCUGCUGCGUUGGAAGGCUACCGAAAGGAGCAGGAGCGCCUUGGCAUACCCUAUGACCCAGUGCAGUGGUCAACAGACCAGGUGCUUCACUGGGUGGUGUGGGUGAUGAAGGAGUUCAGCAUGACGGAUAUUGACCUCAACGCACUCAGCAUUCCUGGGCGGGAGCUCUGCAGCCUCAGUCAAGAAGACUUCUUCCAGCGCGUCCCGCGGGGAGAAAUCCUCUGGAGCCAUUUGGAGCUGCUUCGAAAGUAUGUGUUGGCUAGCCAAGAGCACUCUGGAGAAAUAGCAACUGUUACUAUUGAUCAGCCGGUGCAGAUUAUUCCAGCAUCUGUACAGCCUGCUACCCCAACCACCAUUAAAGUAAUAAACAGCAGUGCAAAGGCGGCUAAAGUACAGAGAGCUCCAAGGAUCUCUGGGGAAGACAGAAGUUCCCCUGGGAACAGAACAGUCUAUUAUGAUAUCAUUCAGGAUUUUAGAGGAGGUGCCCUGCUAGACCUGUUGUUUGUGAACAGGGAAGGACUAGUGGGUGAUGUGAUGGUCAGUGGCCUUCUUGGGCAUAGUGACCAGGAAAUGUUAGCGUUUUCAAUACUGGGUGAAGUAAGGAGGGCCACAAGCAGAACUUCCACCUUGGAGUUCCGGCGGGCUGACUUUAGCCUGUUCAGGAGAUUGAUUGACAGCGUCCCUUGGGAGACAUUCCUGAAGGACAAACGAGUCCAGGAAG